GGCGAAGCUAGAGGUUCCAAAGUUCACCGGUAAGGAGGAUCCUGAAAUACACAUCAAAACCCUCCACCAAAGCGGGAGGAUGAUGGGUCUUUCCGGGGAUGGGAAGUGUUUGCUCUUCUUCCAGACUCUCCGCGGCCGAGCCGCCGAGUGGUUUCACAACCUUCCAACAGGUGAGAUCGAUUCUUUUGACGAACUAGCCGAGGUGUUCCAGGAAAAGUUUAAGAAGAAUUGUACCAAGAGGAAAAAAUUUACCUACUUGAGUACAGCCGGGAAGAGGGAACACGAGGACUUGACCAAGUUCCUCACCCGGUGGAAGGAUGAAGUUGACAAGGUGGAGGAGAUGGACGACAAAACCGCAAUGUCCCUUCUGGUCUUUGGGCUUCGUUCCGGAGAAUUAUACAAGGAAUUCUGUAGGCGGCCUCCCCAGUCUUACCAGGAGGCCUACAACACGGCCUGUGAUUACGCCGAUGCUGAGGCCCAAGUUUCCUCCAAAAGGGAGGCCGAGCAAGGUCAUCCUAGGGGAAGGACUUCCGUAAAGAAGGAAAGCGAACUGCCCGGAAGGAUAAAAGCGGAAGUCAUGGAGGUAAAGCCGGUGAAGACAGAGAAGAAGCCAACCGGGGAGAUGCAGUGGGCCGAGAAGUAUUGCUCCUUCCACAAAACAGACUCUCACAACACUGCUGGAUGCAAUAGUGUUAAAGGAGUGAUAAAGGCGAUGAUCGAGGCCAGGGAGCUCGACCAAGAAUACCUGGCCCAGGCAAAGAAAAAGAAGAACCAAUGGAUCCGGCCUGAGGGACAACCGGCCGAACAAAACAAAAAGAAGAAAGCACCCAGUAAAGAGCACUUACAGGUGAUUUAUGGUGGACCGGAGGGAGGAGAUUCUGCUUCUCAAAGAAAGAAAUGGGGGCGAGAGCUCUACGUAGGGACAGUUGCCCUUGGUCCCCGGAGGAAACAAACCAGACGGGAGUCGAUCACAUUCACAGAUCGAGAUCUUCCCGCCACCGGGGAAGGUCACAAUGACCCCCUGGUCAUAACCAUGGAUAUGGGUGGAGUCAAUGUCUCCCGGGUACUGGUUGACACGGGCAGUAAUGUCAACGUUUUGUACUUGGAGGCCUUUGAGAAACUCAAACUGUGUCGAACACGGCUUGAGCACUUAAAGACUCCCCUGUCCUGGUUCACCGGAGAUUCUGUUGAAGCUGAGGGGUCAAUCCUCUUAACAUGCGAACUGGGAACGGGAGACAAAGUUAUCCAGAAGCAGAUGAGUUCUAUACGCCGGGCGAUAUAGGACAAGUCAGAGGGGAUCAAAAGAAAGCCCGGUCUUGUUA